CCUCCAAACUGAUUGCUCAGGGGCGACAGACUCUAGACCAGCUUGCUUUGAAGCAACUGGAAGAGAUUAUGGAAACUACUCGUAAAGAGGAGGUGAAACCAAAAGAAAGUGAGGAAACGAUUGAUGUUGACAUCCAGCAGCUCAGAGAUACUCUGGUUGCCGAAGAAAGAAAGAAGGAAGAAUUAGUCAGAAGAAGAGAACAGGAACAGCGAAGGGGAGAAAAGGUUAAAGAGAUGAGACAAGUCAUAGGAACAGAAGUCGGUGAACAGACUGACAUGUCACAAACGUUGGCUUAUAUUGUGGCAUAUCUUACCUUUCUUGAGGAGAAGAUUGAUAGCCAACAAAAUCAGUUGGAUGAAAUCACUGUUGGAUUGAGAACAAUUGCUAAUAUUGUGAAAGAAAUCCAGACGUAUGUGAGUACCGCACCGGUCGAGCCGGAGUCCCAAGUCGCGUUCACCACUUCUUGCAUGGGUGGUGAGGCCAAGCAAUGGGUGUUGGUCGAGGCCAAUGCGGCGGGUUUCGAAGAUAUUGGUGAGUGGGCAAAGACACUGAUGCUGAAACAGUUCUUGGCGAAAACCAGAGACCGUUUACUCGACGAGACGACGACCGACAAGGCCUUUGACCAGUUGACAUCAAUUGGUCAAAAGCAUUGGACGAAAGUUGAGGCUUUGUCCCGAAAAGUUGAUCGAUUGUUGCAGGUUCCAGGAUUGAACUUGCAGGACAGCCAAGAGCUGUACAACUAUUCCCGCGCGUUGCCUGAGCCCAUCCGGGGACACUUAGUCACUGAAGCGAAAUCCGGUAAGUACAACUACAGGCAAUUUCGUGACCUUGCCCUGCAAAGGGAACAAAUGACUUCUCAAGUCAAGAAUUCCUAUGCAGCGGUAGUCAAGUCUGGAGGAGGAGGAGGAAGACAGUACAAUGGGAAACGAGUUCUCUGGCGACAGAAGCGCCAGGACCACACCCUUGUCGUCUUUGAUGAUGACACAGUGGAAAAGUGGCCAAACGAGGAGAAUGAUAACAACAGUGACUCCGGGAAGGGGGAAGUCACUACUGUUGUGGCCAAUAAGGGAGGACCACCCAGAACAGGAGGGAAGAAACAAAGAGCGUUUCCAUGGCACCCUGACAUUGAUGAUGGGAAGCCAUGGGUCGAAAUGGGUAUGACUAGAAAGACUUGACAGGAGCGCAUGGACAAUGCGCAAUGUCUCAAGUGCGACACAACGGGACAUGUGAUCGACUACUGCCCUCAGAUCCGGAACCCAAAAGCG